AUGAAUGCUGACUUUAAGAAUGCCUUCGAAGCUCUUCAUAGUAAGGUGAAACUAGUGAACGACUUCUCAUCUGGAAAGAAACUGAAGUCUGAAGGUUUCGACAAAGAGUUAAGAGAAGUAGCACAAAAUAUGACGAAAAUAACAGAUGCAGCAACGAGACAGGCAGUUCAAAGUGCCUAUGACGCCGUUAGAGCAACUGUUGUGGAAAGUCAAGAAAAAGAGUUACAACAGACCAAAACAGACCUAGUAAAUGCUUUCUUAAAAACGAAAAGUCAGGUAGGACAUUAUGCUGCAGAUGGAACAUAUGUGCCAGCUGGUGGAACUUAUAUACCACCAAACCCUCCAAGAGAAGCACCUGCACCAGGACUACCUAAAACAUUUACAUCGUCACAUGGACACAGACACAGGCAUGCACCAAAACCAACACAACAACCAACAGUUCAAAAUCCAGCACAACAACAACAACCAAAACCAACAGUUCAAAACCCUGCACAACAACAACAACCACAAACAGAGCAAGGACAUAAAAGAAGUAGAGAAAAAGGAAACCAAGAAUUCUUAAAAAUGCUUAAGGAAGAUUAUGGUUACCCAGAUACUCUUGACUUUAGUGACAGAUAUAAAGAAGCUAUUAGAAAGUUCAAGGAAGGAAAUACUGACCCGAACCUAUUUAGCUUUAUGGUUCAGCAUCAAAUGGGAUAUAAUUUCAAACCUGGAAAAUACAAGCUCGCUAAGGGAUAUGAUUUAAUAGCAUAUCAUCCAAAUGACAUGGAUGAAUUUACUCCGAGAUAUUUGAUGUCAGAGCUAAAUGAUAAUUCAACUCUCUUCAUGAAACGCGUAAAAAAUAGAGACGGAACGAAAGAAGAAAGGUUUAUGAGUCCGGAUGACUUAGAUAGGGAACUUUUUAAAAACGGUCUCGGAAUAUAUGAAAUGCCACCAGAUGAGGUACAAGAAACUCAACAGGAAGAAGUUCAGAUACAACCAGACAUGGAAGAAAUAGUUCAGCAACAACAGCUAGAAGAGCCUGAAGAAACGAACAA